GUCGACACACAGCGGAGUCAUACCUUCGUCACACCGCGUAAGGAUACGCUAUCACAGCAAUUCGUAGUGUGCAACUGAUAUCGCUCGGCGAUCGUAGAAAAAGAACGAGGAAAGAGCUAUCUCAUUGCUGCCGUGGGUCAGCAUGAUGCUGCUGCUGCAAAAGCGGAAACUCACAACAGUACUCGUCGCCUGCGCAAUACUGGCCGCGGACGGCCUCGCCCCAACGCCGUGCCAGCGCGCGCGACCAACGGCAAGAAGGAGGACUCCCGUGCUCGCGGCCGUGAAAGACGCGGCCGGCGACCGGCCGUCGACGGCGCUGGCCGCGGAUACUGGCGUCGACUACGACGACGCCGCCUACGAGCGCGAGAUGAAGGCCGCGCGGCGCCAGGCCGCCGCGGACCGGCUGGCCGUGAUCCAGCGCCUCAACCUCAUCGCGUACGUGAACGCCGCCGUGCUCGCGUUCGUGGCGAUCGGCGUCGGCUACGAGCUGCUCCACGUGGACGUCGAGGCCAUUCUGGCGCUCUUUAAGUACACGCUGCCCGAGGACCGGCCCAUGGAGGACGCGCUGGCCUACCGCCUCGCGACGUCCGUGGACCUCCUCGCGAAGCUGCCGGGCGACUCCAUCCGGGGCUACGAGGCCCUGGUGCCGACGAACCCCGUCUUCUACAAGGCCUGCACAUCGGGCGUCGCCUACACGCUGGGCGACUUCGUGUCGCAGGUCUACCAGGGCCGGACCCUGAAGACCGUCGACCUGGCGCGGUCCGCGCGGUCGGGCGCCGCGGGCUUCGUGGGCCACGGCCCGCUCUGCCACUACUGGAUGGUCUUCAUCCGUGUGGAAAUCAACGAGCAGAUGUAGUUCGAUGGCGUGGGGCGUCCGAAAUUUGAUUUCCACACAGGUCUUCAUGGAGACUUAUUUGGACUUUGACGGGGCCUGGUACGGGACGGGGGUCAAGGUCCUGGCGGACCAGACCGUGUGGUCUCUCUACCUCAACGCGUGCUACUCCUUCCUGAUUGGCACGUUUGCGCUGCGGGACCCGCGCGAGGUCUGGAAGGACGUCCAGGCGACGUCGUGGCCGGCGCUGCGGAGUUCGUGGCGCUUCUGGCCCUUUGUGCACUGCAUCUCGUUCUCGCACCUCGUGCCGUUGGAUCUGAAACUGCUGUGGGUCGACGUCAUGGAGAUCGUCUGGGUCACGAUCCUGUCCAAGGUCGCGAACGACGACAAGGAGGCGCGCCUGGCGGAGCGGGGCCUCGAGGAGGACGCCGAGGUGCUCGAGGUCGUCGAGCCGUUCGGCGUCGACCCGACGCUCGAGAUCGAAUUGACGCGCGAGUUCGAGCUGGACGCGUCGCUGAACGCGGACCUCGAGAACGAGGACCAGUUCGACGAGAACAAGCUGUCCUUCGAGCUGCCGCGCGAGGCGCUCCUCGCGUCGUGGCCGCUGCUGGCGAUGUGGCCCGUGAUCUACGGGACCUUCCAGCUGGAAAAGAUGUUCGUGACCGCCUGAGUAAUCACAUGGUGUCUAU